UGGUGUUAAAAGCCUGGGCUGUAUGGCUCAUCUGGGGCAGUUAGCAGUGCACGAUGCAGUACUAAGCCAGCGAAGCGUUGUUGACUCUUUGGCUAUAGCGAGAAAAAUAGUCGGACAUUUUAAAAGCUCCCCCCUUGGUACCUCUCGGCUGAGAGACAUCCAGAGAGAGAUGGGAAUGAAGACCAAGAUGCUACAACAGGACGUCCCAACGCGCUGGAACAGUACAUUCCUGAUGAUGACAACUCUCCUGGAACAAAAGCGCGCACUGGUUAUGUACGAGGCUUACCACGGACUGCCUGUAUCUCUCAACGCAAACCAGUGGAGUCUCAUUGAGAAAAUGACCACACUCCUGGCACCCUUUGAAGAGUUGACGAGAGAGAUUAGCUCGCAUACAGCUACAGCUGCUGACGUGAUCCCGUCUGUUGUGGCACUCAAGCGUUUUCUGAACAAGACAGCCGAAACCGACAGUGGGGUCAAAACGACCAAGUCUGCACUGCUUGAAGCCAUGAACAAGAGAUUUGAAACCACUUUCUCCGAGCAACUCUACUACUUGGCAACAAUCCUGGACCCCAGAUACAAAGAUCGCUACUUUGAUGCAGAUCUCAAGCAAGUGGCAAAAAACAAGCUAGAGAAAGAAGUGGACAAGAUGACAGUGUCAGCGACAACCAGCGCCAGUGCCACAUUUGGGCCUACACCAGACACAGAAGACACUGAGCCAGAAGAAGGUGAACCACAAGAAAAGAGGAUGUGUACACCAAGUGAAGGGCAUUCGUUCCUGGACAUGUUCGAUGAAAUUCUGGAGGAAAAGGAGCAGGAUGAACAGGCAACAGGUUCAACGAGUGUGCAGGUGCAUGGUUACCUGAGUGAGCCCACCAUCCCCAGAAAUGUGAGCCCGCUGCAGUACUGGCAAAGCAACAUGACCCGCUUCCCUGCCCUCGCCCCAAUGGCACGCAAGUACCUUUCAGCUCCCUGUACAAGCGUGGAAAGUGAACGUCUCUUCUCCGGCGCUUCAAAUGUUGUCAGUGAAAAGAGAAAUAGGAUCGGUACAGAGAGAGCAGAAAUGCUCCUGUUUGUUAAGCACAACAUUUGUCUGCUUCCAAAGCCCGGGAAGGCCAAGGGUUAGGCCUAACCCUAAAGUACUUGGUAGUUACAGUACUUAGUUACUGUACUUACAGUUCAGAAGACUGCAAAAGCCAGUGUCUGUUCAGUCCAGUUUGUUCUGGCUCCAUUUUCACAUUUUACCUUUCAAU